AUGAAGACAACCGCGAGUCUGUGGGUACCUUGGCUGCUGCCCUUCCAACUCAUAACCUUGGGCUUGUGUCAUCCAUCCGCACGACACCCUCUCGGCGCGACGCUUCAAGGUCGCGGACUGGAAUUCGACGACGAGUUUCCCGAGUACGUCUACCGCGGUGAGGUGGGCAGGUCGCCAACAGAUGUCAAGAAGGAGGGCGGCUUCUAUUCGCGAGGAUUGCAAAAACAACAGGCCGGCCAGACGUUCUCCGUGCUCGAGGCCAACGAGGGCAGCAGCCUCUUCCGCCAUGCCGCGGGUGACACGGAUCAAUACACGCGAUACGUAUCGACAAGUGCCGAUCCAGGCGUGGCGCUCACAUUCGCCCUCGACGAUGACAGACCAAAGGAUACCGGUUACGUGUACAAGAUCCACGCCGACAGAAGAAUGAUCGACGUAAAUCGGUCUCUCGGCAAAUUCUCGCCCUAUCCCGCCCAGAAAGAGCAUGCGGCGAUCGGCUUCAUCCCAUUCGAGCAGGUUGUGGGUUGGUACCCGGUCACGUUUGAGAAAAACUUCGCAAACCCGGAGCUUGGCAAGAAAACCCAAAAAGAAAUUCGCGAGGGGAAGCUCAAGAGCUUUAGGCGGAAUUCUUCGUUUGACUUGACGAAAUUCCAAGCACUGACAGGGUCCGGCGCCAUACCGCAACUGGCAGGCUUCUCUCGGUGGUCCACGGCGUGGGAGGACAACACAUGGAGGCUAUUCAGGGAUGAAUCCGUCGAGAAGAACCUGGACGGCAUGAUUACUCUACUAUGCUCCACGGGCAAGUCGCUAAAACGAAGUGAGGCUUGCAGGGAAAGGUUGGGUUUCAUUGGCGGCCCAUACCUUGUAGCGCCUCAUCACGAGCACCGCAAGAAACCACACUUUACCGAAGACCCCGCGGAUAGGGAAAGAGUUCCCGGAAGACCCGGUGGCCGAGACGGAGGCCAGCAAUCCAAGUCCGUCUCUAGGGUCAGGACUAGCAUACGGGUACACGCGAAUGCUGCAACCAUGCUAGGCUUCACCAUCCUUGCGCCAUACCUGCACGAAAUCCUCGAUUCUUUAUCAAAAUGGGACAAUUUCAUCGGACACGCCGUGAAAUACGUCGAUGAUAGCAUCAAUCACCUGCAGACGAGCAUUGGAGGACCGCCACGAACAGACAUCAGUGGAAAUGAUAACCAGGCUUUCGUCAUCAACUUCUUCAAGCGAGUUUUCGGAGCGUUGCAGAGCCUCAUCCCAGGGGCUAGCGGAACAGACAACACGGAGCUGCUGUCGUACGGACAGAAACGGCUGCAGCGCGAGGUUGCUGUCAACGCCAUUCUCCGUACCUGCGACUACGCGGACGCGGACCACCCGGACAACCAGAGCCUCAGCAUUGAACUGGACAAAGAAUGUGCUGCAAUCCGCCAAAAGGUAAAGGAGAUUGAGGACGAGCCUAACGUAGCGACCAUGCGACACAAGUGCCAUGUAAGUCAAUCGAAAAGCACGCACUUCAAUUUUGCUAUUCCAUGGCCCGACGCGUUGUGA